ACAUACUAUAACUAUUAUAAGAAUAAACUUUUUAUAAAAACCUUAUUAUAUAAUCUAUGCUUAUUAAUUACAUAUAAAGGCUUAACAGUGUUUAGUAUUAUAGGACUGCAAACAGAUAAUACUCUUAGUAUUAUUACAGCUAAUUUUGCAUAA